AUGUACGAGACGCACUGGAGGGAGGUGGAGGGGGAGUUGGCUGAUAUCCUGAGAGAUGACAAGGAGUACGUGGCUCAAGAUGUGAUAGAGGACAGACCAAAGGCAUUCAAGCAGGCUGCGACAAAUUAUAUCAGGUAUACUCGGUGUGCAAACAAACUAAACAUUUGCCUUGACCAGAUGGUUCACGCCAAUAAAAGGAUAACUGUUCGGACGCUUUUGGAAGCGACUAUAUCAAGAAUGCUUCAAGUCAAGCAAGAACUGGUCAAUCAAGAACUUUCUGACUUCAACUAUCUUGACGGGGUGUUAGCUGACAUGAGAUUGACUCCCUACGACGUGGAGUGCCAAGUACCAAGGUACUACAGACGUGAGAGGGCCGAGAAGAUAGCGAAGAUCAACAACGACAUAGAUGCCAUUCUGGAGGAACUUGGUACAGUAUUUUCUAAUUAUACAGAUUACUACGGUCCAAAAUAUAUUCCAGGGUAA